CGCAGAGCAACACGCUUCCAUCACAGACGUACCACGAAACAGCGAAGAAAGCCCAUCUUGGAUUGCCUUGCGGUGCUUGCUGUGUUGAUUUCCACAUCAUCAAACCAGUCCUUCCCCCGUUCUACGUCGUCGCUGCAAAAUCAUCGACGAGACUUGUGCUGACGAUACAAGCAGCAACCUUCUUCUGAGCUUUUCUCGGAUCGUGAUUGCGGUACCCGUGCUCCUUCUCCACUUCCACCUCCAAACCGACCUCGUUCUCGUUGCGCAACGUUGAUUGCUGCCAGCAUGGCUGCUCCUCCACCCACCACGACAUUCGAAACGAAGGAUGGUGCAAAGAUUGCCUAUCAUGUCUAUGGCAAGGAUCUGCUGGGAAAGGUGACGCCUAUAGCAUUGAUCAUGGGCAUGUCGGGAGUGAUGGAGGAUUGGUCGCCGCUAUCCGAGACGCUAGGAAUCACUCGACCCGUGCUGGUGUGGGAUCAUCGAGGCAUCGGUCAUUCCAGCGUACCAGCCGAUUGGGAUUACGAUCUCUCUCUUCAACUCAUGGCUUCCGACUUGCUGGAACUGUUGAACGGGCUGGGAAAAGACUGGCAAAACACCCACUUGCUGGGUUGGAGCAUGGGCGGACACAUCUUGCAGACCCUCUUGACCUUGCCUGAUGCGAAAGAGGAUGGCAAGGGCGGACUGAAUAUCAGAGGGAUCAGAGUCCCUUCGGCUAUUUUGGCAGCUACCAUGACGAAGAUGCCUCGAGGAGAUUUCAAGCCCGAUGAGCUGGAAGCCGCCGCUGCCAAUGCCAAAUCAAAAGAGGAGCGCAACAAGCUCAUGUCGGAAGCCAUCAUGGCCCUGCAAUACUUUCCCGAAUGGAUCACCUCCUCCCAAGACCACGCUUCCCUGCUAGCCCAUCGCGUCAAAGUUUCCCUCGAUACGCGUCGUCCUCAAGAGAUCAUCGGCCUUCAAAUCGGAGCUAUAGGAGCGGUGGAUACUAGACCCGACCUUUAUCGCAUUCCCCAAACCUUACCUACGCUCGUCAUUCAUGGAAAGAGGGAUCGCAUGGUGGCUUAUUCGGAGAGCGAACAUAUCCUAAAGGGCAUCAAGCACGCCACUAGACUCGACACUCCCAAUGAUCAGAUUGGUCACUUUUGGUUCGACUUCCUCACCACCAACUUUUGGGUCGACUCUAUCAACGCCCACCUCGACUCUGCCAAACAUGUCCAAGCAGCAACCGCAAAUUCCAAAACGUCCGCGCAGCAAUCCAAGUUGUAGUCCCCCCCACACAAAUGCUCUCUCUCCCCGCGAAUAGUCGCUUCUACACCUCGAACUGCUCGUCAGGCUCCAGCUGUACGUGCUCCCGCUCGUGUAGGUCUUGCGUUGGGAUUUGCAGGCACGCGCCAUACUUUUGGCCCAAGCGGCCCAGACCUCCUUCGCGCCUCUUCUUCUUCUGCUCACGAGCAGCGCGGUCAGCACAAUCGAGACUCUAUGCAGCAUUGAUGUUACAUAUCGAGGCGCGCGUGCAGUAAAUAAGAAAUGGGAGAUGGUAGAGCAGAUGGAUGUAGCUAUCAAACGAAGCAGCAGCAGAAAAGCCAUACACUUUGGUUUGGCGUGGUCCCUACGAUGCAGACAGACGACUGCGCCGUGCCCAGCCGGAUUCCUGUCAGCUAAUCACACGAAGCGUC